AUGGAAAAAAUUGACGUUCAAAUUAAUAAAACUAUAUCUCCAAUUAUAUAUCUAAUAUUGAAACGCGAGUCAAAAUUUAAUACUAAUUUAAAUAAUUCAUUAACUGAAACUAUGUAUGAAGAAGUUGAGUUAGAACAAUUUGUGGUGAGUUCAAAAAGUGUUAAAGAUAAAUAUUUUAUGUUGCAAAAUAAUGAUAUAGUUGAAGUUACCAAAAUAAUAAAAUAUUUUAAUGGCCAGAUUAAAAUUGAAGCAAUUAAGUUUAAUUAUUCACCCAUGUUUGAUUAUCCAUUUACCUCAGAUACUACAAAAAUAUUUUAUAUCAAAGAAAUUAUUCCAAAAGUUCAACCAAUUUUAAACAAUUUAAACAGCUUAAAACAUAAAUGCUUUGUAACACCAAUAGGUAAUUGUAAAUAUAUAGCUAUUGCAUUACUUCACUCAUCAUAA